CAACGACUAAAGGGGAAGUUGUAUGCAAAAUAUAAAUAUAAUAGUCUCUAACAAUUGUUCUCAAAUUAAGUAGGAACUAUAAAGUAUAAAGGAAGCGCCUUGUUACCGUACCAUGAUCUGAUAUGUGAAAUACACAUAUAUCUAUCAAGCAAAGGGAGAAUUUCAAGCAUUGGUUUCUAAGUUAAAACGAGGAAGUUUUCAACUUGUAACAUGGUGGUACAUAUACCAGCUAAAUAAAACUUAUAUUCCAAGCUUCUAGUUUUUAUAAUCAUCAACAUCAUCAGAUUAACUUUGUGACCAAUGCAUUGGUAUCAGUGGACGUUAUUUGUUCUCAUUAUUAAAAAUUCGGCGGAGGCAGGACCAGAGGUCAUUGAGUAUGAAGCGGGUACAGACUUGAGGAGUCCGCUGUAUUGUCGUGUUGAGCAUAUUAAUGAGGCUAGAUGGAUGAAAGGCCUGGAAAUGUUAACCUUUGGUAAUAAGAGUUUUGACUCCAGCAUGUCGAUUGUCUGUAAGGGUACAGGUGAUUAUCACUUGAAUAUAACAAAAAUGACGUCAUCUGACAAUGGAACGUAUACAUGCAGCGAUGGUUCUAGGAAGGAAAUUAGAAGUUAUACUUUAAACGUGAAAGCCGAAGCAACCAUUGGGGAGGGUAAGUAUAGUGGACCCACGGUACACAGCAACGAAGGUGAAACAGUUCAGCUGUGGUGUAAUGCCACUGGUUACCCUAAACCCGAGAUAUCCUGGUACACUCUCGAAAGAACCAGUUCAGAGCAAGAGAAAGGGACAUAUUUAGGGAUAAGUGGGAGCAUGCUUGGGAUACAUAACGUUACCCGUGAGUGCGCCACUAAAUUCCAAUGCCAGGCAAUCAACUCGUACAGAAUGGACAAACCGGUCACCAGAAACAUCACCCUCAUCGUCAAAUUUUCACCUGAAAUUUGUGUGACCAACAAGCUACGUGACAGAUGUAUUACCAAUAACGGAACCCUAAAAGGGAAACCCGGAGAAAAGUUGGAAUUGAUAUGUUAUGUAUAUGCAAGUCCACUUGCAAACGUGUCUUGGUUAAGACAUGACACACUGAUAGGCGAGUAUAUUGGUGUAACCAAUGAAACUAAGAAAUCGGAAGUCUCUAAUCCCUAUGUGUAUACGGAAACAUCUAAAUAUGAUGAGAGUAAAAAACAAACCUCCUUCAGUCUUGUGAUCACGCUGGAUACUGAUCAAACAUUCACCAGCUAUCACUGUCAGGCAGUGAAUGACAUGGGAUCAAACAGAAUGACGAUUGUUAUUAAAAGGAAUACCAAAUCUUGACUCUUUCGGUUUGAUGGCACAUUCUGGAUGUUCAGAUGAUGGAGAAAUGUUUUAAUUUCGAGAUCAGAGAUGUUAAACUCACGAGCAGGCUUUCUUCUAAAUGAAAGCAAUUCGUGAAUUUGUUGAUUAUUUUUCCAUAGAAGAAAAGUGUACAUAGUUAAUGUUUGAAACAUGAUAUUCACAGUCACUAUAAAAUUUAAUUUAGUUAUUUUAGCUUCGGGUUAUGCUAUCUAACUUUUCGUUGAAAGUUUGCAGUAUACAGUCUGACAACCCUUCACUCCCAAAGAGAAGAAAUCAUUUACAUCGACCCAACAUCAUUUUAUGCCAACGUCGAGCAGUGUCAUUCAACUGACGCCAUAUCGCAUGAGCUUUAGUGUUAUAUGUUGGGAUCUCAAACAACUGGCAAGAGUAUUUUGUCCUCCUCCAGGUCCAACUAAAUCACAUACUGACGGGGGUCCAAUCGAUGACAGAAAACAUAUUAAUUGAUUUUUAUAUUUGAUGAUGCAGUGCAUAGUUAAGAAACUUAAUCUUAUUGCAAUAGCUAAAUUGAUGGAUGUCUAAAAUCGAUACUAGUAAAAAGAUUUAUGAAUGAAAAAGAAAUAAACUUGUUAAAAUGUCCCAUA